AUGAAUGGCGGGAUGGUCGCAGACAGAUGCUACUCCUACGAUGACGAGACCUUCACCAAGCGAGACCUUGUAGAGUCUGAACGCGCAACUGAUUGGCAAGGCCUCCCUGUCAAAACACCUUGGGGUUCCGUGCGGCGUCAAAAUGACCAUGCCGCGCUCGCGUUCGUUCGAGACAACACAACGAUCCCUGUUCCGAAGAUUCUCGAGUUCAAGAGCAUCAGUGAAGGCACUCACCAACUGAAAAUGGAGCGCGUAUACGGAACACCUCUUUCUAAAAUCAGGGCGGGAAAGGAGCAGGCUACCAAGGUUGUUGAUGAGGAUAUCACACAAUUUGUCCUUCCCCAGCUGCACAGUCUAAGAUCCCGCAAUGUGGGCUCCUUGGCUGGCAGCAUCAUUCCUCCUCCGCGUCUGUGGGAGGAAGCCGAAUCCCAUCAGUGGACCCCGUGGAAAUCUUGGUCGAAAAGAAAUGUCUUUGUCCAUAAUGAUCUUGGUCAACAAAAUAUACUUGUGGACGACAACUUCAAGGCUGUUGGGAUCGUGGAUUGGGAAUAUUCUGGCUUCUACCCAGAUGAUUUUGAAGCGCCGCUAUGGAUCCAAUCGCCUGAGGAGGAGGGUUACUUUGAUAUUGACGCUCACAAGAUCCCCCGACUUGUCAAGUUCCUUUCUCAGAGAGAACACCGCCGACUGUAG